UGCAAACCGAGUGCUGGAUAAUGCGUGCUUUCCAACGAAGUUGUUAGACCGUCGUCAAGUCUCAUUGAGACUACUAUACCAUUUUCGAGGAUUCCACGUCGGCCAGCGAAGGUCUCAUGACGGAUGGAACUUCAAGCGUCGCAUCGUCUCCGCUCGGAUGUGUACAUAUCUACGAGGUAUAAUCGUAAAUCAGUUGUCUAUAUAUCGCAGUAGCCCACGCUGCUAUCUGCUGCAGCGACUCCUUACUCCUUCAUAGGCCGUAGUCCUCUGCCCCCAAUUAGCCUGCCAACAUCCAAUUCUCACCUCCAAGAAAUGCCCGAACACGUUGUUGUUACCGGGGCCGGAGUCAUCGGCCUCAGCUGUGCCAUCCUCCUCCAAGAGGCCGGAUACUAUGUGACCAUAGUAGCCCGCGACUUUCCGGGGCCUUUCGAGACAAUGGACCCCAUCGCUCAAAUCAACUAUACCUCUCCCUGGGGCGGCGCCCACAACCGCUGGGUCCCUCCACACGCCGCCUCCCCGCCGUCUGUUCAUCGCGAACACGCCUUUUCCCUCGUCACCUUCUCCCACAUGCAGCGGCUACACUCUGCCCACCCGCACACGGCAGGCAUCACCUUUCUCAAGGGGAUCGAGUACAUCGAGUCACCCGGCCCAGAGUACAAGGCCAUCACGGCGUCCAACCCGCUCCCUGUCCCCAACUUCCGCCUCCUCCCCCCGUCCGCCUUCCCGGACGACAAGGUCACCUGGGCCUGCGAGUACGACACGUGGUGCGUCAACCCCAUGGUGUACUGCUCCUUCCUGCUGCGCCGCUUCGUGCACCGCGGCGGAAGGCUCCUCAAGCGGACUCUCCGCAGCCCCGCCGAGGCCUUCUCCCUGUCCCUACCAUCGCCAUCGCCACAACAACAAGAAAAAGUGACCAUAUCAGCGGUCGUCAACGCCUCGGGAACGGGUCUCGUCCCGGACUCGAGCAUGACCGUCACGCGCGGCCAGACGUGCCUGGUGGCCGAGGGGUGCGACGCGACCGUGACGCGACAAAACGCCGACGGCAGCUGGACGUUUUGCGUGCCGCGCGGGUUCGAGGGCGGCACCGUUAUCGGCGGGACAAAGGAGCUCGGCAACUGGGCGGUUGAACCUUCGGUGGCUGUAAGAGAACAGCUGCUGGAGAGCUUUGUCCGGACCUACCCCAAGAUUCUGGAGGGGAGCAAGACAGGCGGGUUGACGGUCCUCAGGGAUAUCGUUGGGCGCAGGCCCACCAGGGUCGGCGGGCCCAGGGUUGAAAGUGAGGUCCUGCCCGGCGGCGCUGGGUUCGUUAUGCAUGCUUAUGGACUGGGUGGGAGGGGGUAUGAAUUGUCGUGGGGUGUCGCGGAGGAAGUGGUGCGGAAAGUGAAGGGAUAUUUGAAUGAGCAGGAGAGGUCGAGGUUGUAG